AUGAAGAGGAAAGCAGAGAAGCAGCAGGCGGCUGCUCCGGUCAGUGCUUUUGCGGCGCGCAAAGCUCGCCAACAGCAAGCGCAAGUCGUACCCUCGGAGAAGCCUGCCACGAAUGAACUCAGUACAGAGCCACCCUCGAAGAAACCGCGACGGUCACUGGAAGAAGGAGCCGCGAACUUGACCGCGAAUGGGGAGGAUCAUGUACAGACCAGGCGCUCUUCGAGAAGAAAGCAAGAAAGCCUGAGAUCCGGCGUGUCUGAUGAGAAGCAGCACAAGAAAGCUGCUCUGAAUGUUAGGACACGGAGCGCAGCUCAACCACCAGCUCAGAAGGAUGAGGAGAAAGAUCUCUCAGGCGCACUUGAGGAGGAAGAUGAUGAAGAAGUCUUGGAAGAAGAGAACGAUGCUGGCGCCAUUGCUUUAGAUGGUGAUGCUGAUGGCUAUGAAUCUCCAGUCGAUGUUGCUCAUCUCCAGAACUUUCCCCUCUCAAAGACACGUUUGAAUAAGAACAGCGUCAUAUAUAGUGAUGAGCAAACACUCUGUGUUCGCAUCAAAGAGAAGAUGAACCUCGUUCUCCUGGGACACUACGAUCUCUGGGUCAAACGUGGCGUGGUUAGCUUGAUGGGUGCGAAAUUACAUCCUUCCGCACGGGUCUACCGAGUGUAUGCACCAUCAACACAUUCGUUGCCUGUCAUCAAAUGCAUCGCCGGGGUGGACGGCGAAGCUGAAAUCGAAGUCAAGUCAUGCCACAGCGGCAUCUACCGUCUCAGACACUUAUCGCCCCUCUAUCAACGGAUAUGGAACGGGAAGAAUACGUCGGCAGAUCGGCUCACUCUAAAGAAAGCUCCUGCCUCGGCCAAGAGAACGUUCUCAGUGCUAUACACGUCCUCAGACGACUCAUUAAACCGUCAUUUGCGGCCAUUGCAUCUUGAAAAGCAGUGGAGCUCGGCGAUCAAGUCUCUUUCUCAGCGCAAUGGACAAUUAAGAGUGCUGAUCUGUGGACCUAAAGCGUCUGGCAAAUCAACAUUCAGUCGUUAUCUCCUGAAUCACCUUCUCAGUCCUGCACCACAGACAGAGACGGAUUUCCGUAACACGGACGGAGUGGCUUUCCUGGAUCUCGAUCCUGGACAACCAGAGUUCUCUCCCAUGGGGCAGGUUUAUCUUGCACAUCUUGGCUCCCCGUUCUUUGGUCCGCCAUUUACACAUCCGUCCUUGGACGGUGGUCAAGAUGGCUCCAUCAUCCGUGCACAUCACAUUGGCGCUACGUCCCCCAAAGAUGAUCCUGAUCACUAUGUGUUGGCGGCGAUGGAUCUUAUGGACCGUUACCGGUCUUUACUAGCAAGCUACCCUCAGUGUCCACUCAUCAUCAACUAUCCCGGGUGGAUCUUUGGACUUGGUUUGGAAGUCGCGACAUGGCUGGUCAAGUCCCUUGGCUUGUCCGACGUUGUUUAUAUGAGCGAGAAAGGUCCUGCUGAGGUCGUUGAGCCUCUGAGCCAGGCCGCCUACGAGGCCCGUAUCCCUCUUACCACGCUACCAUCUCAGCCCACCGACUUUGUCAGCAGGUCGAGUGCUCAGCUCCGCUCCAUGCAGAUACAAUCCUAUUUCCACAUGUCCCAGCCAAGUGAGAUUCAAACCCCACAGUGGCUGGAGACGACAAUUUCCAAGAGCCGGCCGUUUGUUGUUGACUAUGCUGGGCCACGACAAGGUAUCCGUGGUAUCAUGGUCAUGGGCUCGCAGAUCAGCCCCGAUCUUCUUCACGAUGUCCUGGACGGUGCCAUUGUGGGUGUUGUGGCUGUCGAAUCGCCUAACGCAAUCAUGACCGGGGAAUCCGAACAACCUCCAUCCGAACCAGCCAUGGACGAAGGGAAUUCUCAAAGUGACGGAGACAUGUCAGAUGUCGCAUCGGACGUCGCCAUGGAGGACGGCCCCGCGUCGCCUUCUACAAAAACUGCACACACAACACCGGCCUCCCCAUCCUUCGAGACGAUGAUCACGCGGACAUCAGGCGAAGAUCUUCCUUACCUGUUUGUCGGCGCGGGAAGCUGCAAUCCCCUCGACCCCAAGGCGUCCAAUUGCCUGGGCCUUGCGCUCGUCCGCUCCAUCGACGUCCCGUCUCGCAAGCUGGAACUCGUUACACCGAUCCCAGGAUUGAAGAUCCGCGAGGCCUUGGAGCAGGGCCACGGCAUCGUGCUUGUCCGCGGGAUGCUCGACAACCCGAACUGGGCCCUCAGCGAAGACUACUACGCCGCGCGGGCAGCGGAAAAGGGUCACCAGCAGUCAGUCGCGAAGGCAAAGAAAGACACCGGCGCCGGGGAGGACGGGGACGCGGCGGCCACCUCGGACCAGCAGCCCACGGUCUCAGCCAUGCUCAGGGACCGGAUCCGGCGCGCCAGCAACGUGCCCUGGAUGACGGUGAUCGAGGACAACAGCCGGCGACACCGCGAGGCGGCGCAGCGCGAGAAGUCUCUCUGGAAGCUGCGCAAGAAGGCAUACCCGGGGAGCGAGAGCGAGACGGACUGGUAG